CCCCGGUCCGGCCCGCCCCCCUCCCCCACCCCCGUCCCUCCUCCCGUCAGCGGGAUCCGGAGCCCACUGUGCGGUCGCCUUUUCCUUUUUCGACGCCUCCGCCGCCGCCUGAGGAGGCGAGCUAGCCGGGAGUUACACCGCCACCGCCAGAAUGGAUAGAAUGACAGAAGAUGCUCUUCGACUGAAUCUUUUGAAGCGAAGCUUGGACCCAGCAGAUGAGCGAGAUGAUGUCCUGGCAAAACGACUGAAAAUGGAGGGGCAUGAGGCCAUGGAACGUCUGAAAAUGUUGGCACUGCUCAAAAGGAAGGAUUUGGCAAAUCUUGAGGUGCCACAUGAGUUACCCACCAAACAGGAUGGCAGUGGUGUCAAGGGUUAUGAAGAAAAACUCAAUGGGAAUCUCAGGCCUCAUGGAGACAACAGGACUGCUGGAAGGCCAGGCAAAGAAAACAUCAAUGAUGAGCCUGUGGAUAUGAGUGCUAGACGGAGUGAGCCAGACCGAGGAAGGCUAACUCCCUCUCCAGAUAUCAUUGUUUUGUCUGACAAUGAGGCUUCCAGUCCUCGUUCCAGCUCCCGAAUGGAGGAAAGACUCAAAGCGGCAAACCUGGAGAUGUUUAAGGGGAAAGGCAUUGAGGAACGGCAGCAGCUCAUCAAGCAGCUGAGGGAUGAGCUACGAUUGGAAGAAGCCCGACUGGUGCUGUUAAAGAAACUGAGACAGAGUCAGCUACAGAAAGAGAAUGUAGUCCAAAAGACUCCAGUUGUACAAAAUGCAGCAUCUAUUGUUCAGCCAUCUCCUGCACAUGUGGGACAGCAGGGCUUAUCCAAGCUUCCCUCCCGGCCUGGAGCACAAGGGGAACCUCAAAAUUUGAGAACAUUACAGGGUCAUAGUGUCAUCCGUUCAGCGACCAAUACCACCCUUCCACACAUGUUGAUGUCUCAACGUGUUAUCGCACCAAAUCCAGCCCAGCUACAGGGUCAACGGGGGCCGCCUAAGCCUGGCCUUGUACGUACCACAACACCCAAUAUGAAUCCCGCCAUCAAUUAUCAACCGCAGUCAAGUUCUUCUGUUCCCUGUCAGCGCACAACAUCCUCCGCUAUCUAUAUGAACCUUGCCUCCCAUAUCCAGCCAGGAACCGUGAACAGAGUGUCCUCACCACUUCCUAGCCCCAGCGCCAUGACCGAUGCUGCCAACUCACAGGCUGCAGCCAAAUUGGCCCUUCGCAAACAGCUGGAAAAGACACUCCUGGAGAUCCCACCUCCAAAACCUCCUGCUCCCUUGCUUCACUUCCUGCCUAGUGCAGCCAAUAGUGAGUUCAUCUACAUGGUAGGCUUGGAAGAAGUCGUACAGAGUGUCAUUGACAGCCAAGGCAAAAGCUGUGCCUCACUUCUGCGGGUCGAACCCUUUGUAUGUGCCCAGUGCCGCACAGAUUUCACCCCUCACUGGAAGCAAGAAAAGAAUGGUAAGAUUCUGUGUGAACAGUGUAUGACCUCCAACCAGAAGAAGGCUCUAAAAGCUGAACACACCAACCGGCUGAAAAAUGCUUUUGUUAAAGCCCUACAGCAGGAACAGGAGAUCGAACAGCGAUUACAGCAGCAGGCAGCCCUUUCCCCUACUACGGCUCCAGCUGUGUCCAGUGUCAGUAAACAAGAGACCAUCAUGAGACAUCAUACACUUAGGCAGGCUCCACAGCCCCAGAGCAGCCUCCAGCGUGGCAUUCCCACAUCUGCCCGCUCCAUGCUUUCAAACUUUGCACAGGCUCCCCAGUUGUCUGUGCCAGGUGGCCUCCUUGGUAUGCCAGGUGUCAACAUUGCAUAUUUGAACACUGGCAUUGGAGGACACAAAGCCCCCAGUUUGGCAGACCGACAGCGUGAAUACCUUUUAGACAUGAUCCCUCCCCGGUCUAUAUCGCAGUCCAUCAGUGGACAGAAAUAACGCCUGUUCCACUUGUACUCCCCCAACCUUGAAUCCUUUACCCUUUCCUCUCCCGUUACCCCCAACUUCCGUCGCAUGCAGUGCCUGUACUGGUGCCUACCAUACACGGAAAGCAAAACUGAAAAACAGAAGACAAAAAAUAGAAAUCAACAAGAAAACACACGCCCUGCCCUGCCACCUCCCCUUUAUUCACUGCUGCGAUCUGUUCUCCUGCCGCUCUAUCUUCUCUUUGAUUUUCUUUUAACAGUGAGGUGGAUCUUUGCCUCUGAUAGAGGUCAGAAGGAGGUCCUGGGGAGAAUUUAAGCCCUCUGACGUGUGUUUCUAAAGUUUGUUUUAUGCUACAAUUAUUAUCAUUUUUAAUUAUACUGUGUGUCCUCCCUUUGUUCAGUGGACGGUUAAACCUUUCCCCCCCCCCCAGUCUUUUUCUUUUUCCUUCCUCCCUUUCUUCCUUCCUCCCUCCCUCUCUCUUUUUUUUUUAAUAAACACAAUGACAUUCAGUUCAAUGAUAGGAGCAUUGCAGAUUGCAGUAGGAUCCUCAGCUGCCAAGUAGGACGUGACUGGGAGUAUUAGGGGCAAAGAUUUUGAAUGCACUUAACCUGAGUUGUGGGGUGAGUGGCAUCAAGCAAGGAGGAUUAACACCCUAGCUGUGGGUGUUUUGGGGAUGGGCAAUUUAGGAGACAGUGUUUUAGUAUUGAUGUUUGGCUCUAAGAAAGAAAGGAAAGAACCUGCAAGGAGAAGCUUUAAAACAACUGCCCUGGAAUUUACUUAGGAAAGGAGAAGAAAGAAGUAUGAUAGUUAGCAUAAUGAUAAGCCAAGGAGGACUGAGACCAGGUCCUGGCCUCUGGAUGCUGGAGGAAUACAGUUGGUCUCCUGACCCCAGGGGUAUGGAAGUCUGUUCCAAGCCAACUAGCCCAAAAUAGCUUCAUCUAAUUUCCUUUGUAAAAUUGUCCCUCCACCCCACUCUCACUCCCUUUUUAAAAAUCCUAAUCUUCCCCCCGCUAACUACAGCCCCUGGUUGUUCCCAGGCUGUUUUUUUGCUGGUGUCCUAGAAGUUAUAUGAGUAUGAAUGAGUCAAGUGACAAAAGUUGAAAAUAGAGGAAGAGAUUUCUCUCCUAGCAGUUGAAAGUCAUACAUUUGUCUGUCCUUCACCCUCUAAGUGCAGGGAGGUAAGAGAAAGGGCCCUAAUCAGCCUGGAGUCCUGCCCUGACUGUGCUGCACAGACUGCAGAACCAGCUGCUUGAUGCCAAACAGCUCACUGUCAAGACCAACUCUGGACCUCUGCUCUACAAGUGUUGUCUUUCUCCCGCCCCCGCCCCCCAUUCUAUUAAUUUUGCUCUUUUGUUUUUGUUUUUUUCUUAAGUGCUACUAAUGUAGAGAAUGAAUUGAAUUGUGCAAUGUUGCUGUUCUGGGGAUUAGGGAGAUUAGCAUCCCAUUUGCCCACACUGUGGGGGAAGGGGGUACGGACCAGGCUGUUUUUUGAGGUAAGGGAAGGCCCUUAAAAGGAAGGGUUUCUGCCCUCCUCGGUAGUUGACACCCACCUGCCUCUCCAGCUCCAGAAGCUGCCAGAGUGCGCUGGGGACGCAGAGUGGUGUGAGGAGUUAAUAUUUUGCCCUUGAAAGCCACCUGAGGAAGUUCCCUCGUUUUUAUUUUUUAAAAUUAAAUAAUUUUUUUAAAGUAAAAAGGCACUUUUAAAAUUAACACAUACACACAAACUGCACAUCUUCCCCAUAAAAUUUGGGGGUAGGGUGGGAAAAGGAGCUGAAAUCAGGCUUAGUCCCCCACUCUGGCCUCUACUCCCCACACCCCAGUGCCACUGAGGGUGAUUAUACUGGCCCUACGGGCCAUCCUGGCUUUUUUUCUUUCCUACCUUCCCCCAAAUUUCAUUGAGCACUUAAUAAAGGAGCAGAGAUACAGCCAGUGUCUGGGCUCCCCAAGUGGUGAAAUGGUCUGAAAGCUAGACGCUAGUACCAGGUAGUGUCAGGUCGUUUCGAGUAUUUUUCUGGGGAAUGUCAUACCCCUGACUGUAAGUGGUGGGAGAGGGAGGGGGGUUAAUGGAACUGGGUCUGGGAUUAUUUUAAAAUUAUAUAUAUAUAUAUAUAAAGAUAUAUUCUUACAUCUUUUCUUUGCCCUCUGUGCUUUGAAAGCACUGGAUAAAUCGUUUGGUUUUGCUUUUCUCUCUUCCACAAAAUUGGAAGCUUUUUUUUUUUUUUUUCCCCUUCAUGUUUUUCCUACAAGUCAUUUUGCCUUGUGGCAUGUCUGUCUAGCCUCCCCCACCCCAUGAUGAAGUGCCAUUUCUGUUAUGUCUCCCUGACCCCCAGCUCAGAGGUGCUCAGAGGUACAAGGUGCCCAAGUUUGUCAGUUGAGAUUAAAAGUUAGGAACAGAGAAUGUGCAAUACCUUCUGGCUGGGGGCUGUCCCUGCCCUGAGCUGAGUCCCUGCCCUGGGAGCCAGGCCACCUUAAAUGGGAUUUGGAAGUAAGAUGUGUAGAGAUGGGGAGUGGUGGGGAAGGAAAGCCCAUAGUCCCGUGUCUGCUUAGGUGCUGAGACCAUAGGGGAGAGGGUAGAAUCUUUCCUGUUUUAAUCCCCUCUGGGUCGAUUACAUAGACGCUGCUUAUUAACUAGUAUAGCUCUGUGACCCUUUGUUCAAUUGCUGAGGUUUGAUUUCUUACCCUCUCCACCCCAUCUUCAUACCCUUCCCAAGGAUUAGUGAUGGGGCAAGUUCUCCUUAAUCAUGGUAAAGCAUUAGCCUCCACUCCCCACCUUCCUUCUCCCCAUCUUCUGUCUUCCUCAAGUCUCUGCUUUUUCAUCUGAUUGUCUCGUUCCCUCCAAGUCUAGUGUUGCUAUCAUCCCUAGGCUUUGUAGACACUAAUCCUGUGCCCUGAGGAUGGGAGGAAAGACCUUGUGUUCACAGAGUUGUCCUUUACCCUGGACCUUUGAGUUUCCAGGUAUUAUUAGAGUGAGGGUCCCACAAGUUGUGCCUGGCUUCCUCCAGACCCAGUGGCACUAAAAGCACUCAUUCAUGGAUGGUGUCUUAACUCCCUAGAAACCUGAGACAGGUGGAUUAGUGGUAAGACUUGGGUAAAACUGGGAGACAGAGGUCCUUAUUUGUCAGUUUUAUUUUGUCACUUGACCACAGCAUCUGGACUCCCUCCAUCUCUGGAAUAAGUAUUUCCCCCACAUUUUUGGAUUUAUGUAUGGUAGACAUUUUUUUUUUUUUUUAAAAGACACAGAUAAAUGUUUUCCUGCUUUGGUUACCUUUCCUUUUCCCUUUGAAAGGAAUUAGCUGUAGAACUGCUUUGUAAAGAUGCUUCUUGAUAUUUUACUUUUGUUCCUUUUCCCCAACCAUUCCCUUUUCUCCCCAUUUCUCCCGAAGGCAUAACCCUUCUCUCCACACACCCUACCCCAUCCCAGUCCUAGGCUCCCUUCCCUCUCAUCAAGAUCUUCAUUAGCUUAUGAUAUUUGCUGCCGAGAUGUUAUAACAAGGACUCAUUCGUGUAUAUAAGCUAUUUCUUGAUCCAUUUAAAAGGAAUUGUACAUUGUGUAGAAAAAAAAAAAAACCUGAAAAAGAGAAAAAAAAAAAAAGCCCUAGCCAUGGAUAUUGUGAAACUGUGUUAUGUCAUUUUGUAAUGUGCCCGUUUGUGUAUGAUCCGUGCAAAAGGGUUUCUGGGGAAGGGGAGGGGGUAGGGAGGCAGGGCUGUGGAGGGUGGGUAGGGGAGUGGGCCGGGCCCAGCACACUGAGACUGGCAGCUGCUCCAACCCCAUCCCUCCUUAGAGAUGCCACCUCCCCCACCACCCACCCCUAAUUUGUGCCUUGCCUCCCCACCCUGGAGUAGUCCCUCCGGGUCACCAGCACUGCCUUGGCAGAGCCCACUCCCUACCCUAACCUGCCCACCCUCCCUGCCCCCCAGCAUUAGGUUGAUACUGUGGGGAAGUGCUGGGGUUUGGGAGGCAGCCGAGGAAUGGGGCAGUUCCCCGGGGGCAUCGAAACCAAGUAUUAUUAUGAAUUGUAAUUGUAUUUGCACUGUUUUUUUUCCCUCUGAUUGCAUCAGCAUAUAUACAAUAUACCUAUAUAACAAAA